AUGGUUAAAUCAAGAAAGUCGAAAAAUGGUUUUAUGUUCAAACUUAAAUCUAUUCUACUCGUAAAUUAUUUAAAAAAUACAUUUAGAAUAAUAAAUACAAAGAAAUUUUACAGUAACUUGAUAAGAAUGGCUUUAUAAUUAACGAUUUGGAGAAAUUUAAAAAUUAAGUAUUGAAAGAAAACUAUAGACAUACUAAUUUUAAUAGUUUUAGAAGGUAUUAAAAUAUAAGAUUUUUAGAUCAUUAAAUUUGUAUGGUUUUUGUUUAAAAAAAUAUAAAAAAGGAAAGAUUUUAUAUAUAAACCCAGAUUUUAAUAUAAAUUCGGAAUAACUUCCAAGAAAAUAGUAAAGGCAAAUAGAUGGAUAAGAUUUGACAAGUGAUUUGUUUCGUGAUUUCAAUAUUAUAUUUGAGAUAAAAGAGAGUUAAAAGAGAUUAAGGGAAUAAAUUUAAUUACUGAUUGAAGCACAGAAUAAUUUGCAUUAAAAGUUUUAAAGAUAAUAUUAGACUUAUUUAAAGGAAAGGAUAAUUUAAAGAAUUCGAUUUAGAAAAUUAGAACAAUUUUGUUUUAGUUUUUAUUUAAAUAUACAAGAUUAAAAAUAUAGUAAAUAAAAAAAUAUGAUGAAAUAGAAAAAAUAAUAGAAAAAAGUUUGGUGAUAGUGGGGAAAAAACUUUAAGAAUCAUCUGAUUAUUAAUUUAUAUGUGAUAGUUUAACAUAAAUUUAAUAAUCAGAAUCAUAAUAAUAAUAAGUGACAUAUUUUUUAGAAAGAAAUUUAUUUUCGAAUGGAAAUAGUAAACCACUAUCAUAAGUAGGAAGUAGUCCAAUAUAAUUUGAUUUAAAUUAAAGUUUCAGUGGUUUAAGCAAUUAUUUUGAGAUAUGA